UCUCUCUCUCUCUCUCUCUCUCUCUCUCUCUCUCCCUCUCUCACACAAACACAAAAGACGAUCGUAGGGGUCUCCGCUCCAGCCCCGCGGCGUCGAGAUGAACGAGAAGAACAUUGUUGAUGUGGUGACCGUCGCUUGAGAAGGAGUAAAGAUCCAACCUUCCUCCCUCUCCUCUUCCUACUUCUCCUCUUCCAUCUCCAUCUCCAUCUCCACUCGCUUCAGCCGGCGCUGGUGCAGCAGCGGGGGGGGGCGGGCCAGUGUGUUUCUGAAGGGUGCCAUGCCUGCUGGUGAUCAGAGAGGAGAGGGCCAGUGACAUCAUGACAGACCACGACAAGUGGGUCACACUGACCCCCACAGAGUUCUCCCUGCUCCAGGACUACGCCCAGUACUCCACCAAGAAGCUCAAAGAUGUCCUCCAGGAGUUCCACGGGGAUGGGGUGUUGGCCAAGUACAACCCAGAGGAGAAACAGGAAAUCCUUAGCCAGGAGAUUGACUUUGAGGGGUUUAAGGUGUUCAUGCAGACCUUCCUGGAGAGCGAGCUGCCUGAAGAGUUCUGUCAGCAUCUCUUCUUGUCCUUUAGCAACAAGGGUCCCAGACCCAGUCCCUCAUCCUGUGACAAGCCCAAGGUGUCUGGGCUGAAGCUGAUAAAAGGCACGUCGACCCCCCUGAAGACCCCCCCCCCGGCGGCGGUGGUGGCGGCGGCGUCCCUGCCCCUGAACUCGGUGCAGCUGAAGGACAUCGUGUGCUACCUGUCCCUGAUGGAGGGCGGGCGGCCUGAGGACAAACUGGAGUUCAUGUUCCGUCUCUACGACACCGACGGGAACGGCUCUCUGGACAGCUCGGAGUUGGAGCAUAUCAUCUCCCAGAUGAUGCACGUGGCUGAGACCCUGGAGUGGGAUGUGACCGAACUCAAACCGAUCCUCCAGGAGAUGAUGCAGGAGAUCGACUACGACCACGACGGGGCCGUAUCCCUCGAGGAGUGGAUCCAGGGGGGCAUGACCACCAUCCCCCUGCUGGUCCUGCUGGGCCUCGAGACGAAUGUGAAGGAUGAUGGGCAGCAUGUGUGGAGGCUGAAGCACUUUAAUAAGCCGGCCUACUGCAACCUGUGUCUCAACAUGCUCAUCGGCCUGGGCAAGCAGGGCCUCUGCUGCUCCUUCUGUAAGUAUACGGUCCACGAGCGCUGCGUGGCUCGGGCGCCGGCGUCCUGCAUCAAGACCUACGUCAAGACCAAGAAGAACACGGAGGUGAUGCACCAUUUCUGGGUGGAGGGGAACUGCCCCACCAAGUGUGACAAGUGUCACAAGACCAUUAAGUGCUACCAGGGUCUGACUGGGCUUCACUGCGUCUGGUGCCAGAUCACGCUCCAUAACAAGUGUGCCUCACAUGUGAAGCCGGAGUGCGACUGCGGGCCCCUCAAAGAUCACAUCCUACCGCCUAACACCAUUUGUCCCGUGGUGCUGGAGAGGCAGUCGACAGUGCGGAAGGACUCCAGAUGCAGCCAGACAAGCCGAGGGAAGAUGCAGAGAGCCAACUCUGUCACCGUGGAUGGCCAGGGCCUGCAGAUAACAACAUUAGAGGGCACUCAUCCUCUGCUGGUGUUUGUCAAUCCUAAAAGUGGGGGCAAGCAAGGCGAGAGGAUUUAUCGGAAGUUCCAGUACCUUCUGAACCCGAGACAGGUGUACAACCUGGCCAAGACCGGACCCAUGCCGGGGUUGAACUUCUUCAGAGACGUUCCUGACUUCCGCGUGUUGGCGUGCGGCGGAGACGGAACGGUUGGUUGGAUCCUGGACUUCAUCGAUAAGGCCAACCUAAACAGGAACCCCCCCGUGUGUGUACUUCCUCUUGGCACAGGAAAUGACCUGGCCCGCUGCCUGCGCUGGGGGGGAGGCUACGAGGGCGAGAGCCUGCUGAAGAUCCUGCGGGACAUCGAGACCAGCGCCGAGGUGACGCUAGACCGCUGGCGGAUCGACGUGACGCCGUCGGACCGCGAGGAACCCGGAGACCCGGCGCCCUACAGCAUCAUCAACAACUACUUCUCCAUCGGCGUGGACGCCUCCAUUGCCCACCGCUUCCACAUCAUGAGGGAGAAACACCCUGAGAGGUUCAACAGCAGAACAAAGAACAAGCUGUGGUACUUUGAGUUCGGCACCUCAGAGACCUUCUCUGCCACGUGUAAGAAGCUGCACGACUUUCUGGAGGUGGAGUGUGACGGCAUCAGCCUGGACCUCAGCACCAUCUCCCUUGAGGGCAUCGCCAUUCUCAACAUUCCCAGCAUGCACGGCGGCUCCAACCUCUGGGGUGAAAGCAAAAAGAGGAGGGGCAACCGAAGGGCGGCCAAGAAGGCCCAAGACAAGAGGACGACGGUGCUGGACCCAAAGGAGCUCAUGUUUGCGGUCCAAGACAUCUCGGACCAGCUCCUGGAGGUGGUGGGGCUGGAGGGAGCCAUGGAGAUGGGUCAGAUCUACACCGGUCUGAAGAGUGCUGGGAGACGUCUGGCCCAGUGCUCCUCUGUAACCAUUAGGACCACAAAGUCUCUCCCAAUGCAGAUCGAUGGAGAGCCUUGGAUGCAAGCCGCCUGCACGAUUCAAAUUGACCACAAGAACAAGGCGCCCAUGUUGAUGGGCACACCGCAGGGCACCGGCUUUUUCUCCUCUAUCAUCAGGAGGACACGCAGCGAGAGCAAAGACUGAUGGGAGAUUGUCUCGGGCAAGGCUCUGAAACGCCGGUCAAAAUGUUAGCUAGCCCCAGCUAGCUCUGAAGUAACAGCGCUCAGAAAGGCUGUGUCAUCCACAGUGAAUCCACCACAACUCGGAUACAAGGCCACGGAAGGAUGGGGACCGUAUGGGUAUUUAUUGAGGGCGUACGCGAGCUACAGCCGGACACCCUGCCUCUGUUGUGAGGCAGUCACCGGUUGGAGGUGAGGUGUAGCGGAAGAGGCGGUGGCGUGUGGGUCGCCACAUCACAACUUGGAGGAGAUCUCUCUGUCACCCUUUUUAUUUUCUUUGCUUUAACAUGUGCAGUCUACGAAUACGCUUUGGGAAGGGGUACAGUUUAACAAUAUAUAUACAGUUGGUAUAUAUAUAUAUAUAUGUAUAUCUUUAUUUUCAAUGUUUUUUGAUGGAUUUCACCUCUCGCUACAAAUGAGUAGAUUGAGUAGACAUAUCUCCAGUUGCUACUUGCUCCGUGUGAAGGGCCUGGUAUUUGCCACGCAGGUCAGAGACAUGUUAUACAGAUUGAGGCGGACAUGUUAUAUUUUGUGAGACUUUUGGACAACAUCAAGGGAAAUAUUCCAGAGGAUUAUUGACUGUUUACUGAAAAGUUUUUAAAAAGCAUGCCAUCGUCUAUUUUUUUGCACGAAAGAUGUAUAUGUUCGCUAGCAGUUGUAUGCACAAUUUCUGUUGCAUGGCAGGGCGAGAUCUGUUAUUGAACCCUGUGGAAAAUGAAUAGAUAUGAAUAGAGAUUUGUCAAAAAGGUUAUUGCCAGAAUUUUUAGCAAUGCCUUUACCAGAAGGUAUAUCCAUAUCACAUCAAAUAUUCAGUUGAUGGACAUUUUUUUAUAUUGGGUCCUAUGUUUUAAUAAACUGGCACUCAGGUAUAUUUUUAUUUCAAGUUGCUAAAAGUUAAAAUGACGCAAAAAAUAUUAAAUUAUUUUACUGAGCGGCAUCCUUACAGCUGCACUUAGUCCCUUUUUUGACUGAAGCCAUCACUUAUUCCUCAAAAAUAUUUCGCUAGAAGACACACUUUUCUAACCAAAAGGGUAGAGGUGCUUGACAUCAUGUCCGCUCCAACCCUAACAUUGGUAAAACAUUGAUAAUUGCAGCCGUUGCAGAUAAGCCCAUCCAACCAUUUUGUCUACUUACCUACCUCCUACUGAGUGAACUUUGCCCUUGCAGUCAUUGUGCAUGGGCCUGGUUUCUCCAAAUUGCCUGCCCUAGCUUUAAGCACUCAAUAAUAAUGCAUCAUGUGUUCUCUAAUUAUGCACACUACCUUCAACUCCUUUUAAACAAAAGUGAUGGCUGCAUUGAAAAAGGGACCUGGUUCAGGUCCUAAGCGUAGCCUUUUGCGACCUCCCCUUCCCCCCUCUUGGUCAUUGAUUUGUCCCAAUGUCUACCAUUGAGUGCUUACAGUCUGUCGGGUAUACAAGCAUACAUUAGCCCUUUAAAGACAGAGUACAAGAUAGUUAUUGACAUAUGAGUUUACAGGGAGUGAAUCCUAAAAACAAAUCAAUAUUAUCCAAGUGAGAAAUCCCAGAUUGAAGAAGUUGUGUGUGUACAACCAUGAAAUUAUGUCUACUACUCCAACUACUAAUCAAUCCAAUGAGUUAAUGAAAGUUUUGUCGAAAAACAAUAACAACUAGACACAAAUGUUGCAAUGUGAUGGGCAAUGUCAACAUUACUCCAUGUUUCAGUGCAUUAGGGGAACUAUUGCACACCAACCGCUUCUCCUUCACCUCACAUGAGGAUCUUCUAUCACCAGUGGGCCCCGCCAAUUCAAAUGUCGUCUGAAGUCAAGUGUUUUCAAUGUAUGUUGAGUUUUUUCCGCAUGGAGCAAAACAACACACAUCCACAAGGCACAACACAUUGGGCCUUUUUUUAAAACUGAAAUGCAUCCCUGCAUGCGUUUAAAGAACAAUGUUUGGAUUGAUUGUUUUUCACUGUUUCAAGUGCCAUGUGCCUGUCGAGGCGGACGUCUCUCCAGCCUCAGUUCCUCAGCUUGUGAGCUCGAGUGUUUCUUACCGUGAAGCUGUAUUUUUGUACACAACGUUGUUUUUAAGCCUGUUGCUACUCUUGUCUGAAGAAAUUAUAACGAUGUGCUGUACUUGGGGGCCAGGUCCUAAUUAUUCUGCCUACGUUGGAAGUGUUUUAAAAAGUAAAUAAAUAUAUGUUGGUUUGA